UAACAAAAGUCUGAAAAUUGAAUCGUGUUGUUUGUAGAGGGAAAGACUCGAAGAGAGUCUAGAGAAAGAGAGGAAACCUCCUCAUUUGCAGUGAUACCUAGUUUGUGGAUAUCCAGCAACUACCUCUCUUAGCUUGGCCUUAUUGAAAUCAGAUUAGAGCCAUGGCAGACAACUGGGCUAGCUUCUCAGCUGCGGGUCCUGGUGGGCAGAAGCCAGGAGGUGGUGGUGGUGGUGGUGGUGGUGGGGGCGAUAAUUGGGCCGAAUUUGGUGGCUUUGCCGCUGCUCCGAAUCCGCAGGCUGCACCAGGCGGCGGUGAUUGGGCUGCGUUUUCAGCAGCACCGCAAGCUGGAGGGCCUGCCGCUGCUCCUGGCCAGCCCGCCGCGGGCGUGCCAAAGCUGGGUGGCCCACCAGGUCGAACUGCUGGAACACAGAGACGAACAUCCACUCGCCAACCACAGCACCCGCAGCAGCAGCAGCAACAAGCUCAGGCAGCACAGGCACAACAGCAGAACCUGACACCAGAACAACAGCGUGUGCUGCAGCAACGCAAGAUUGAGCAUAUGAAACAGCAAGCACAACAACAACAACUCAUGCAGCAGCAGAAACUUCAGCAACAACAGCAGCAACAACAACAGCAGCAACAACAACAGCAGCAGGCACACAAGGGUUCACCACAGAUGCAGCCAGCACAACAGCAGCAGCAUCAGCAGCAACAGCAGGCACCGCGGCAGAGAGCACAGCCAGUGACCGAUCCCUCUGACCCGUUUGCCACAUCGGCACCUGCCAUCACGUCGCAAGCCAGCGCGGCUGGUGCGGGCGGUGAUGGCAACUUCUUCGGUGGCUUUGACGGCGCACCAGCUGGGGUGAGUGGAGUAGCACCGCCAGGAUCUGCCUCUCCACAGGUGGUGGCAUCCCAGGCUAGCGUCAGCUCGAAUGCCAGCUCGGCGACGGCAGGGUUUGGCGACUUUUCCAACUUUUCCGGCGCUGGCCAGGCUGGCCAGCCUGCGAGCGGUGCUACUGCUGCUGCUCCCGUUGCAGCCGCUGCUGGAGAUGAUUUCGGUGGCUUUGCCGACUUUGCCGGUGCUCCAGCACCGGCUGGGGGACCAGUCGCAAUGGCGGCACAGCCCGCCGGUUUUGUAGCAUUUGACGCAAGCUCUUCAGCGUCAUCCUCUGCCGCCCAAACGCCACAGCUGCAGCAGGCACCCCCAGUCGAUUCGUUUGACAUGUUUGCACCUGCGUCGUCGUCGACGACUGGUUCCGCUGCUGCCGGUAGCAUGGGAGCACCGAGCUCUGCAGAACCACCAGUGAUGUCGGCCACGCCUGCCCCUGGUAACCAGGGCGGUGCGCCGGAUCCACGCACUGCUAUCGAGAUUGCCCAGCUCAAGGAGAAAGUUAGCGCUGCCGACCGCGAACAGGCGCGUCUGCGAAAGGAGAAAGAGGAGCUUGCGCGGCGCGCGGACGAGCUCCGUGCCCAGAUCGGCGAGCAGGAGAAUGCGGCCGCGGCACAGCAGCAGCUGUACGAGGACACACAGACCAAGCACAAGGAGGAGCUGGAGGCAAUGCGUCAGGCCGGGCAUGACGCUCUGGUCACGAUCGUCGAAGAGUACCAGUCCCUGGCCAAGGCAGCCGUCGCUCAGGAGCGCGAACACGCCGAAAAGCAGCUAGCUAUCGCCGUGGAGCGGGUUAGCGACGAAGCACAACAACGCCUGGAACAGCAGCACCAGCGACUGCAGGAUAUGCUGGCUGAAGAGGUUAGCAAAAACGAGACUCGCAUCACCGAAAGCCUUCAGCGUGCCAAGACUGAGCAAGAAGAGGCCUUGCAGAAAGCAGUAGCCGAGGAGCGUGAACGUGGUGAGAAAGCCUUGCAAGAGGCGGUGCUGGCCGAGAAGGCCAUUAGCGUGGCAGCCGUAGAAAAAGCGAUUGCUGAGGAGCGGGAAAAGACCGAGCAGCUGGUGGAGGAACUAAAGGCAUCGAACGCCACAUCCAUGGAAGAGGAACGUGAAGCGAGCAAGGCUGCCGUGGCAGAAGCCGUGACCGCCCAGCUAACCGCUGGCAAGGACUCUCUUCAGGAAUCGCUGGUGGAGGAACGCCAGCGCUCGGAGGCGGCCGUCGAGCGUGCCGUCGAGCAGACGCAGAAGCACGUCGGCGCCAAGAUGGAGGAGGUGGAGCGGGCCAACAGUGCUGCACGCCAGCGUACCCUGGCCACUAUGGACCUGUUCCUGGAGGCCACGCGGUCACAACUCAAGACGCUCAUGUCCACGACAUCGUCACCAGCCGAUGCCGUCCAAGAGGACGGCGGUCAGUGAUGAUGACGCUUUCUUGAUUGCCUUUUCGUACGUUACAACGACUUGACCGUGUCCGCGGUUGGUGCCGCAGGAGCAGCAGCAGCGGCGGCGGCAGUAACAAUGUCUGUCUUGAUGAUUACUGACACUCACGACACGUGACAGUGCGCACUGCUCCGCGUCUGUAAGUGGAAGCGCAGUGCACGAAGAAAGAUUGAAUGGUUAUUCGGUGUGCGCGUGCACGUGUGGGUGCACGUGCAUGGCCGCGUCUCCCUGUCCGUAUGUGCACGUGACUUGUCUGGUUUCUGCCCAUUUGCUAGCUUUCCGUACCGAUGGACAGUUAUGUUACGGACCUGGUUACGCCCACAGAUGCCAACACUUGGCGUUCCCAGUCCCACCAUUUGUCAAAUUAGAUUUCACUCGAUAGUAAACUGUCGCCUUUGCUUGGAGAAGCCUUUCUGGCCGGGUCUAUUCCCCGCUGGUUGAUUACCGUAGAAUUUAUACUUGGCUCAUUUUGGCUUGCCUUUAUUCGUCUUUUUUCUUUUUUACUUGUUUAGCACGUGGCUGCCUUUUCUGAUAGGUCAGUUUUAUUAUUGCAUCCAGGGUUGUUGUUUUUUCUGUGCUCCUGAAGGCUGGGUUUCAUUCUACCCAUGCUUUUGUGAAUGUGGGUCCGUGUGUGUGCCUGGGUGUGUGUGUGUGUGUGUGUCUGGGUGUGUCCGUGCGUUUUAUCUCUCACCUUGCUCGUUUUGCUGAAAUGAAUGUGUUUUAGCCUUCUCACUCCCCAACUGUCAGGCGCCCCUGUUGAUCUGCCCCUUUUUCUCCUGUUAGGGCUUGCGUCCCUUUUGUUCUCCUCUGCUGUUGCUAUACAUUGUUUAUUACUUUGAAUUCACUAUCAACUAACCUUUGGUUGUAUUUUCUAAUGCUACUCGGUGCCCCUAAUGCA